AUGGUGAUAUUAUUACCACUUUCAAUCAUAACUUAUGUCAAAUUUUAUAACACAUUGAUACCUUAUGCCAGUCCCAGGAUUCCCAUUCAUUAUAAACCAAAUCUGAUAUAUGAUUACGAUUUAUCAAGUGAUUUGAUUCAUUUACAGUCUAAUUUGCCUCGAAAAUUUAAAUUUGAUCCUUUAUUAGAUUAUAAAGUUUCUUUAAACUUUGAAAUCCUUUGUGAUACCGUCAAGAAGGGAGACGUGUAUCAGAACUCAUAUAGCAUCAUCAAUGAUCAAAGUGAACCCCUUUUCGAUCACGAAUUCUACGUUGAUUGUGAUUCAAGGUAUAUCUAUAAUAAUAAUAAUGAUCUCGUUCCUUAUAAUUUACGAUUUUGGGUGCCUCCCAUGGUUGUCAAUAUCAAGAGAAGUAUUGGAUUUCAAUUAUCGAAUUAUAGAUUGAAUGGGAAGACCUUACCUUCAACAUUCGAAUCGUUUCAAAUCUUGAUUGAUAAAUCAUUCAUCAUUGUUCAAGAUUCUUCAUUUAUAGAAUUUGAAAUUGUUUAUACUGGAUUUAGAUAUUAUUUGGUAAAGCACUAUUACAAAUGUUUAUUUAUAGGAGUAUUGGUGUUCUGGUCUAUAAGUUGUUCAACAAGUUUCCUUACUUCAAUGUAUUUACUGACGAAAUAUGCUCGACCAUUAAUACAAGAUCCUCAAGCUCAAAAUAAUACCGAUCAUCAUUCUGAUGAUGAUUAUGAUGAAACUGAAGAGAUUGAAACUGAGAGUGAAGAAACUGAAUUUAGACAACGAUUCAGCAAUGAAAGUACUACGUAA